AUGGCAUGCCUGUACAGCGAAAAACCACGAAAGUCAUUGGAUGCCAUCGGGCGUGUCAGGACCAAGACUGUGAAGCGCGCUGCGCGCCAAAUCGUCGAGAAGUACUACGCUAAGCUUACUUUGGAUUUCCAGAUCAACAAGAAAAUCACAGAGGAGGUGGCGCUGCCCCCCUCAAAGCGCAUCCGUAACAAGGUCGCUGGAUUCAUCACACAUUUGAUGAAACGCAUCCAGAAGGGCCCAGUCCGUGGGAUUUCUCUUAAGCUGCAGGAGGAGGAGCGCGAGAGACGCAUGGACUUCGUCCCCGAUAAGUCUGAGAUUGAUGUUACAACCAUUUCCAUCGACCAAGACACUGCGGAAAUGCUCCAAGCUCUCAACAUCUCACUCCCCAAUGUGUCUAUUGCCACCGCACACAGAGGAGGUAUGGGCAACAGGGCCAUGCGAGCCUAA